CAAUCGCACAGUACACUUCCAGCAAUCGAUCCAUCGUGACCAUACACCAGUGAUUAAAAUGUGUAUUAAAGAAACGCGAACCGAUCUAUCGUGCAUUUCAGCACUCUUCGAAGCCAUUUCGUGCAAGGAUGAGACCAUGCUAGCGGAUGCCUUGCGAAUGGCCACCAUCGAAACUGUGCUGUGCUUUGAAUCGACCUACGGAGUUUCACCGUUAAUUUGGUGCGUUCAAACUGGCGACGUGAGUUAUCUUGGAUUGGUGGAAUGUCUGCUGUCCACCGGAUUGUACGAUUGCCAAAUGGUUGACAGCAAAGGCCGCCCAGUACUAGCCAGCAUAGCCGAGAAGCACACCGACAAUCCUAAGUUUGUGGAAAAGUUAAUUGAGCUUGAGAUCCAGGGAGUGGAUGAGGUAACCGCAUGCUACAGAAUAUUAAGACAAAACUCGUUGCAAUUACUUAAGCUUUAUAUAGCUCUGAAGAAACUCGACGGAGCAGCAUUGUUUCAAUCACUGGCAAACGCUUUGAUUCAGCUAGAGGUAAAGAACUUCCCACUAUCGUCAGAACUUAAAAUAUACGUGCAAUGGAAGCUCGCUGACUAUAGCCAUCGACAUUUAUCGGGUGAUUACAAACCCCCUCCAGGACAAACGACGCAUCAUGAGUGGAAGAGCCAUAUCAAAGUGAUAAGUGAUUGUUGGAGCGUUAUAGCCGAAAAGUAUGAUACUGGAGAUUAUGUAGACUUUGACGAUCGUUUAUUGCAACGACUGACGGUAAUCCAUAACCAUCUCUAUUUUCUGCAGUACAAACCAUUCGUUAAGCACCUGCCGAUGAUAGAGCUGAUAUUUUGUCUGGCGAUAUUUCUACGAUCAUUUAAGGUCGAUUCCGUGGUCUAUCGCAUGCUAGUGAACAAACGGCUUAUAUUACAGUUUUUACGCAUGAUGGUUCCGCAAUUAAAUUAUAUCAAAGGGAGUCUUCUGGAUAUAGAAACGAAGUUAAAGGGUAUAGUACAGGAUCACUAUCAAUCACUUGAAGUUUUAAAAAGGGAUGCAAUAAUUGAAAGUAUUUCCGAGGAACUGGAAACCAUGGCUGUUCCUAACAAGUCCUAUGUCGUAGAUCAAUUCUGUGAAAAGAUGGCAGCCGUUAUAUAUAAAACCGGUGCUCUUCUUGACCAACCAUGUGAGAAUGAUCUUAUUGUGGACUUUUUGAAGCAAAUUAAAAAGAGCAACAAACAAUGGGCCCAACAGAAGAUCGACGAAAUAAAUUAUCUCAAACAAGAAAGCAAAGACCGUUUGGUCGCGUUAGUCAAAAGCCGUAUACCUUGCACCACACACCCGGUGAAUGUUGCCGAUCGAUUGAUCAAACUAAUGAAAGGCAAAACAUCGCUGGCGCAGAUCGUGGCCGAUGAAUCUUUUAGCAUGGAACAUCUGAUGAGUAAACAGGAUCGACGUAACGUACGAAGGAUGAUCAAGUGUUACAAUAAAACGAAACAAUACUACUCGCUCACCAAGAUUUACGGUAGUUUAUCCCAGGUGGGCGAAUUAAAUCACGAAAAUGGGACCGUGUUUGUCCCGUGCAUAAAGAGAGCACUUACCGUUUUAGGUGAGACGAUGAAAAACACCAAAAGCACACCCAAUAUGCCGCACGGACGCAUCCGCAACACCGUGGAGAAAUUACUGAUGCCGCAACUUUCGGCAUUUAACAUAUCACAUCGUAAUACGUAUGCAAAGGCAUUUUCACUGAAAAGGCUUUUGAUUGCGGAUAAUUUGGAAGAAAAUAUAUUAAUCAACCUACCACUCUACAUGACCGUCGUGAGGGUAAUGUUGUUACUGUUGAUCGCGGUGCUGGGAGCCGAUAUCAGGCGCUCAUUCUACGGUAUGUUGUAUGAAUGUAAUACUGUACAAGCGUUACGCUCGCUGCUACUAUACGUAGAGAAUGAUGAUGAUUUUGCGAAAAUGCUAAAGGAGUGUUUAAAAGAAGUUAAAAAGUAUUUCGACAAUAUAGAGAAGCUACUAAAAGAACUAGAACAUAGCCCCGUUGGACAGAAAGCUCAACUUGAACACGUCAAGGAACAUUUCACUCAGCAAUCUACUUUGAGCAAAGAGUUGCGAACAAUGCUGGAAACGGAAGAAGCAAUCUCGAAUUUGCGUAAAACGUGCUUUGCCUGCACCGAUAUCAUAACAAUCCGACGUUUGCUUCGUUGGAAGCUUGAAUCACACCAUCCGAACAGAUUGUUGCAAAGAAUGUCCAAAGAAUGGGAUACUUCUACUACAGAAAUUAACUCAAUGGUUAAUCUCGAUACACGAUUAGUGACAAUAAACAUUGCAACCGUGCCAAACAAGCUUAAAAUGAUACAGAUGGCUAUGGACUCGGCUUACUAUUACGGUUGCAUCGAACACACGUGCCAGCUAGCCAAACAAAUUGGAAUAGAUGCGACUGAUGACUCGAAAUACCAGACGCUUAAUACUAAGCUUCGAUCUUACUAUGAUAACAUGUUUUUCCUCGAUAACAAAUGGAAGUCGAUAAAUGAAUUCUGCAAACAGAACCACAUUUUGCUGCCGAGCGAUAAAGUAAACAGUCUGCGUGAGGAAGAUGAGGCCCGUCUGCAGCAGUUGUUUGAAGAGCGACAGAAUAGAUUACGAACGAUCCUCGAAAUAGGGAAUAUACGAGAGGUGGAAGACAUUGCAAGCUGUCUAAAAACUAUCUCCCCCUGCAUUAUUGCUGCGCUCGAGUACAUUCAACUUGAAGUUUGCGAAAUCUUGACCACAGUCGGAUACUUCGGAGAUAAUUUCUACUAUCUAAGGCAUCGCAUACCGAUGAUCAUGGGGAAAAGCUAUCGCAAUCUUCUUGCACACGAUGCCUUGUCCUACGAUAUGCUCAGCGACAGUGGAGAGGAAAAGCUGCUCAUUAAUGCGAUCGUUUUAGCCAACACGAAAAUAACUCUCUUCCCCACAGCCAAUAACAAACCGCAAUGCCGGAAUACCAUUGAACUAAGCUUUCCUACUCCCGAGAACACAUUUCGAUGGGUCGAAAAACAGGAAAAAAUAAUAGAAGUCUUGAAAGCGGACGACUCACAACUGCUGCAAGUGAUGAUGCAGGCAGGUGGAGAAAUAAAAAGCCAUUUCUAUUAUGCACUACAGUCGGAUCAACACCAACCCUCUCAUCUUGAUCUCACGAAGAUUGUUCAUCGCUUUUGCCGUCCUAAUUCAACCGUAAUACAACUAUUGGGCCGUUAUUUUCCCUCUUUUGCAAAAACAUAUCACCAUCCCGAGAUUAUGCUGCAAAAUGCUCUUGAACGAAGCGAUUUCGAUCAGGUGAUUGAGCUUUACUGUAGCUUACCUGAAAUGGAGUUUGAUAAGAGGGUGUUUUCCUGGCCGAUGCUACUAUCAAAAUUUUCAUCGGACUUUAUUGCUAGAUUACCCUUGCAAGAUAAACAAGAUUAUCUAAAUCUAUUUCUCGACUACGGUAAUGAGUCAUGUGCCCGGGAAAUGAUUUCUAACCAUAUUCAGAAUCCCAGCCAACAUACAGUAAGUCAUGCGAUGAUACGUGGAAUGUACUCGGUUGUCGAGUUGUUGGUGCAAAACACGUCCCGUCUACAGACAAAUGAUAUGGAGCUGGCGAUCAUUAUGCAUUGGAAUGAUCUGCUGCCUGCUAUUGCAGUCAAGAUUGAGCUCGAUGCAAAGGAGUACGUGACUCUGAUCGAAACAGCUGUAAAGGUAAACAACGAAAAGGCGGUAGAAUAUUUGCUUCACGACAAGUUGAAGCGUACCGAGAAAGCUCUUAAAGUGUGUAUCGUAACUGCUGCACUUCACGGAAGGAAUAACAUUUUAAAGUAUUUGUUGAGUCAUUUUUUCACACCAGCAUCCAUUUUAUUAGAAGCGCUUCGCGAAGCCGCCGCUACCAAACACUGGAUAACGACGCGAUUAUUGCUUGAAGCAGUAGGAUCGGAAGAGCUGGAAUGUCCCAGUGACGUUAGAAUGAAAGAAAUCCUACUAGGUUUUGUCACGCUUGGUCAGUCACGAUUGAUUAGAAAGAUAGGAUCACUUUGCAAGUUCAAUUACAAGAUUAUGAAAUACCAUCCACUGGCGUUGGCCGUAGAAUAUGGAAAAGCUACUCCUAGAAUGAUUGCAUCGUUACGCCUGCUAGGUUUCGGGUGGCUAGAUUGCACCUCGAUUCUACACGAAAUAAUACUUCAAGGAAGCGACGAACCCUCUUGGAAUGCAAUAUGGAGUGACAUCGAAGAUCAGCUGUCUAAGACAUUUACUCUCAAUUCUGAUCACUGCACUUUAGCUAUCAAUGUGCUGCAACGCUGGAAAACGAUCGCGUUCGUCGAGCAAAUCAAAUCGAGCAAUACUUCCUUAUGCUGUGCCAUACAAUCGAACGACAUAUCAAUCCUUCGGACACUACUCAGCCGCUCCCGUGAUAUGAGGAACCUCAACAAUACUAGCAUUCUUCAAGAGAUUGUGUUCCAGAUCGGUUCUUUGAUCGUUCGACUCGAUACCGAGCAUGGUCAAUGGGAUGUGCGGACAUGCUGCGACAAGAUGAUCAAUAGAAUGACCCAACUGUUUGCGAGUUCGAAUGAAAUGUGUUGGCAGGAGUUUACAAUCGUUUGCGCUGAAGUGGUGGUUCACUUUUCUGUGUUUGCUUCUGAAGAAAUAUCCCAACCCAUAGAGGUAGAGUUCAAUAUCAGGAAUAACACCAGGCUUCUUGAUAACCUGCAGGAUGUACAAAUCAUUGCAAAUGAAGUUUUCAACAAACACACAGCAUUACAUGCAACGUUUACUAAAGGCAAUCGAACCGUGCAUUUCUGGUGUUUGGAAGACUGGACUUGUGCGUACGAUAUCUACCCACCCAAUAGUGCCAUCGAUCUGUCACCUCUUGUGAACAUACCGGCACUCUUCGGAAAAACAGUUUUGCACUGUGCAGCCUUAAAGGAAACGGAUGUAGAAACGUUAAAAUUGCUGAUGGAAAACGGCGCUCAUCCUUUGCUGAAAGAUAAAUUCGGAAAAACGCCCGUACAUCAUGCCCUGCAGAACCCUUUGAAGCCUGAGUUAGCAUUGUGCUUAAUGAGGGAAUGUGUUGAGCGUUGUUUGUGUAGCGUUGAUGGUUCAUCACUAAUAGAGGUAACUGAUGGGGAUGGAAAAAAUAAGCUUAUUCAUACUGCUACAAUUUGGGGACAUGAAGAUGCGAUAUUGUAUUUGCUAAGGAACAACGCCGAUGUGACGGCGCGGAAUGUGCAUCUUCAAACGCCUGCACACAUAGUGGCUGUUAAACCGAUGUACAACUCCGUUGCGUUGAUGAAAAUCUUGCUCGACCAGGACAGAGGCUUGCUGAACUUGGUUGACUCAUACGGUUGCACACCGUUGGGCUGGGCUGCCAAAGUAGGUAAUAUCAAACUUUUGCAUACAAUCAUGGAAUACAGGCCGGACUUCGAUAAUACAUCAGCAAAUCGGGAUGCCCUUAAAUAUGCACUCAUGGCACAUCACGCACAAUGGGUCAAAUGUUUCAUCGAACUUCUCACCGCGAACGACAUCCAGGGAAUUACGAAGCUGUUGGAUAUGGAUUUAAUCAUAUUGUCGCUUGAUGUGGACGAUUGGCAACUAUCGGUGGUGCUGCUCGAGUACGAAUUAGGUCAUACUUUAACGAAGCAACCUACGAGAGGUGAUUUAGAUCGUUUUAAUAUUAUUAUACAGAGUGCUGGUGAUCUAACGACCAAACUCGAAUCGAAACGAUUCAUUAUGUUGCUGGAAUGUUUAAUCCCGAUAAGGCCUACGAUAAGUAGCUCCCCAUGUUGUCUCUAACUUUUGGAUGGUUCGCGUUACCGUGCGUUUACAAACACCGUCAAAUAGCAGCGAAGAGUGGAGACAAAAUCGAUGAUAUGAUGUCAUUAAUAUAUUCAAAUUGUUUGCAUUUCAUCGAAUGUCACCGCACCGUACAGAAUGAUUGGAUGCAAGGCUAGGAUAUCGUCUCUCGAAAAAUCGUCUCGCUUACAUAUUGGCGUGAAAUAAUUCAUUCAUUUUGUUUUUGGCUACUUUUUUACUCUUCACGGCGAGAACAGAGUACGGAUAGAUAUAUACAAGUACUGAGUUAUAAUAAAAAACAAACUAAAACAAAGAACAUGAAGCUAAGUGUUGAAAUUUUCUUUCAUUUACUUAAUAAUCAUGAUUACAACAUGAUAAUUGCAAGGGAGAUAUAAAGCAUUAUAAUGCAUGUCGUUGGAUAAGUAAGUAAGUAUUGAUAUUACACAUUGAUAUACUUACUUACUUACUUACUUAUCCGGCGGUACAACCGCUUUGCGGUCUUGGCCUGCCUCAGGAGUGAUUGACACAUUGAUAUAAACAUUUAAAAAGAUUCCCCUACUAUCCAAUCAUGAAUAUUAAUAUAGUGUAAAAAACACGUGUUUAGGAAUGUGUGUUACGGUUACCCAUAGUCCGUGUAAUUGAAAUAUUUCAACUGAGUUUUACGUAGGUUUUAGGUUUUACUAAUUGUUUUUAUCGGACUGUGCGUAUAUUUGACAGUUUUUGUUUUGUAUGUAUUGGUGCGAUUAGGAUAGCGGGAAAAGAAUUCGAUCGAUCUUAUACAAGAACCGACACACCAAGAGCAACGGCUUUGCAUAAGCACACAAAAGUUUCGCGUUAUAAUUCAAUUUAGCAAUUUUAAGUAAAACAUAUAAAAAGCACAACGUAGGGGGUGGGUUUGUGCGAUCAACACGUUUACAAAGAUACUUCAUCUUUCGAAAAACACUUUAUAUUGACAGAUAUUCAAAUUUUUGGCUGUGGGACUUUUUUGCGGUCCCAAAUACAGUCGUAUAUCGGUAGACACCUGUAUAGAAAAAAUGCGUUUAAGCUAGUGUCACGAAGUAAUCAAGUGUCAAGAUAUCAAAGGGCAACAGUAGAAACACUAUUCACUCAUAUUUACUAUCAUUAGAGGAGAGCCUACUCGUCGUUGCAGUCCAGAAGAUGCGUCGGCUCCUGUCAGGCAUAAAAUCCAGUGAUUCAAUCUCCAUCUCAACGGUGGGCAGUGUAUUUCUUUAUCAAAUACUGAUUAUCCGGAUGCGUGAGCAAAACUAAUCUCGUUAAAUCUCGCCUGGUUUAAAUAAAAAGCUGAUAUUGGUUGAACUCAAAAUUCAGACGCGUAAUCUUGUAAACAUUUUUUAUCACAUAGAUAAUUUGUUUAAGUAAGUUUAACGUUAUCUACGUAGCUAGCUUUUCGGCUUUAUUGAUUUUUAUGAUAUGUACACCGUAUUUGUUCCACAAACUGUGCAGUCGUAUUUGAACACCUCGUACAUUUGACAUCGGUCCUCACUAUCAUGGGUGGUCGAGAAACGCUUUCAUUGUCCAGCAUUUCUGCACUCUUCGAAGCCAUCUCGAGCAAGGAUGAGACCAUGCUAGCGGAUGCCUUGCGAAUGGCCACCAUCGAAACUGUGCUGUGCUUUGAAUCGACCUACGGAGUUUCACCGUUAAUAUGGUGCGUUCAAACUGGCGACGUGAGUUAUCUUGGAUUGGUGGAAUGUCUGCUGUCCAGCGGAUUGUACGAUUGCCAAAUGGUUGACAGCAAGGGCCGCCCAGUACUAGCCAGCAUAGCCGAAAAGCAUGCCGACAAUCCUAAGUUUGUGGAAAAGUUAAUUGAGCUUGAGAUCCAUGGAGUGGAUGAGGUAACCGCAUGCUAUAGAAUAUUAAGACAAAACUCCUUGGAAUUACUUAAGCUUUAUAUAGCUCUGAAGAAACUCGACGGAGCAGCAUUGUUUCAACCACUAGCCAACGCCCUGAUUCAGAUAAAUAUCAAAAAUGUGAAAAUUGACUUGGAUCUACGGGUGUUCGUACAGUGGAAGCUCGCCGACUAUGGCCAUCGACAUUUAUCGGGUGAUUACAAACCCCCUCCAGGACAAACGACGCACCAUGAGUGGAAGAGCCAUAUCAAAGUGAUAAGUGAUUGUUGGAGCGUUAUAGCCGAAAAGUAUGAUACUGGAGAUUAUGUAGACUUUGACGAUCGUUUAUUGCAACGACUGACAGUAAUCCAUAACCAUCUCUAUUUUCUGCAGUACAAACCGUUCGUCAAGCACCUGCCGAUGCGAGAGAUGAUCUUUUGUUUGGCAAUAUUUUUAACCAUCUUUCACCAUCCAAGAGAAUAUUUUAUGUUUCGCCUAAUAGUGAAUAAAUGUCUUGUGAUGGAGUUUGUGCGCACGAUUGUCAGGCAGGUAGAAUGCAUUGAAGAAAAUCUUGAAAACAUAGAAGAAGACCUGAAGAUGAUAAGAAAUGCCUCGGAUUCGUGGACCAAUAAUAGCAUAGCAAGUUUUUUCGAGAUACUCGUAGAGAGACUAGAAAUAGCGAAUAUUCCUAACAAAGCGUAUCUUGCUAAGCAACUUCACCAAAAGAGAACGAGACCAUCCUUUACGGUCGUAGUGCAACUGUUCAAAACAAUGAAGAAAUAUGACAAACAGUGGGCCACUUCAAAGAUUCCUGAAAUGAAACAGCUUGUGAAGGAAUGUAGAGAGCAUCUUAUCUCGGCUAUUAAAAAUCAUAUACCAAGCGCGUUACAUCCGGCAAACGUUGCUGAUCGCUUGAUCGCACAAAUGAAAAGCAAUACAUUAAUCGACACAGCUGUAACGGGCAUCGUCGCCAAUGAAUCGUUCAAAAUGGAAGCGUUUAUGGGUGGCAAGGAUCGACGAUCUAUAAUAAAGCUACGGAAAUGCUACAAGCACGGUAAACAGUUUUAUUCACUUUGGAAAAUUCACAACUGCUUUUCGGACAUGGACAAAGCUUCCCUGGAACAUCCGGAAGUAAUUUUUGGUAGUGUAAAACGCGCACUAACUGUGCUCGGCGAAUCGGUGAAAAACACAAACAGUACCCCUAAUAUGCCCAACAAAUGGAUUAAUCUAAUGUUUCAAAAGUUCCUAACUUAUCAGUUCACAGAUUGUACCAUCUUUCUUCGCAAUGUCUACGCGAAGCAAUUUUCCCUAGCGAGACUGUCCAUAACGUAUGAUAUGGAGAGAGAAAUAUUGAAGGAGGUGUCCGAACAAGUGGUACCUUUCUUAUUAAAGUUGCGUAUUUUGUUUAUUUCUGCACUUGCUGGUAUCCGACGCACCUUCUGUGGGAUGCUAUAUCGGUGUGCUUCGCUGGAAGCGUUACGAUCGCUGUUACAGUAUGCUAAUAUUGAGAUAGAUGCCUCCGGUGAAGAAACACAUUGGUACGCAGAGGUGGAAUAUUUUUUUAACCAUAAAACGCCAAAUCCUAAACGGCCAGUGAAGCAUGUAGCUCUUUUUGAGCAAGUAGAGCUGCAGUUAAUACAACAGUGUGCCAUCAUUAAAGAGUGGUUGGCAAUGAUACAGACACAGAAUAGACUACCUUUCUCGAGUUUGCGCCAAACUUGCUUUGCCUGCAACGAUAUCACCACUAUUCGACGAUUGCUACGAUGGAAGCUGGAAUCAUGUUACCCAAAUAAAAUGCUGCAAAGGAUGUGUAACACAUGGAAUUCUUCUACACUUGAGCGGAUAAAUAUUUCAACGCUCUUUCCUUCGCUGUCUGCAAUUGAUCCAGAUACGGUGAGCGGAAAUCUACGAAGAAUUCAGCAAGCAAUGGGUUCUGCGCACAAUUGCAUCGACCACACUAGGAAGCUUACCUGCGACUUCAGAAUAGCUAACAGCAUCGAUGAGACCAUGCUUGAGGAGCUCAACACUAUUUUGCGACCGUACUAUGAUAACAUGUUCCUUCUGGACCAUAAGUGGAAAGCAUUUCAAACGUUUUGCAAAAAACAUCAAUUACCAUGGAAUAUCCAACUGGCAGCCGAGCUAAGAGUGCGUGAUCAGGCUCUUUUGCAGCAGCUGUUUGACAAUCGACGAAAAAAGUUACGAUCGUUGCUUGAGAUAUACGGCAUCCGAAAGGUGGAGGAUAUUGCUGUCUUGAUAAAAAAUGAUAAUCCGCUGGUCCUUGCCUCCCUUCAGUAUUAUCAACAGGAAAUCUGCGAAAUGUUGACCGCAGUCGGAUACUUUGGAGAUAGUUUCCAUUACCUAAAGCAUCGCCUACCGAUGAUCAUCGGGAAAAGCUAUCGCAAUCUCCUUGCACACGAUAACCUGUCAUACAACGUUCUAACAGACGGAGGAGAUGAAAAGAUAGUGAUCAAUGCAUUCAUACUGGCUCACACGACACAUAACUUAUUCGAUGAAAUGAAAGGCGAUCAGAUCGAGUUCAGCUUCCCCGCUAUAGAAGACACAUACGAGUGGAUCGACGAUCAGCAUCGACUACUGACAGCAGUUAAAUCAGAUGAUGUAGACCGGGUACACGAAAUAAUGCAAACUGGCGGAGAUUUGCGCGGGUUAUUUUGUACUUCCCCUUUCCACCAGCUUGAACGGGUAAACUACUUGCUACAACAUGUUCAUCGGUUUUGUCUUCCGAAUUCAGCCGUCAUUAAACUUUUGGAUCGUUAUUUUCCAACUUUCGCUGAUUACAAUCACCGUCCAGACAUGAUGUUGCAGAGAGCGCUCGUUCGGCAAGACUAUGAAAAAGUUGUUGAGCUUUUCAGCAUUAAAACAGUAGUUAAAAACGAAUGCAAUCUAGAGAGUACAAUCGAAACGCUGAACAGAGUUCCAGUGAAUGUUUUUGCUUGGCCGAUGUUUUUAUCUCGAGUUUUAGCUAAAACGAUGACUGCAAUAUCCUGGCUGGACAAACAAGUAUAUCUAAAUCUAUUUCUCGACUACGGUAAUGAGUCAUGUGCCCGGGAAAUGAUCUCUAACCAUAUUCAGAAUCCCAGCCAACAUACAGUAAGUCAUGCGAUGAUACGUGGAAUGUACUCGGUUGUCGAGUUGUUGGUGCAAAACACGUCCCGUCUACAGACAAAUGAUAUGGAGCUGGCGAUCAUUAUGCAUUGGAAUGAUCUGCUGCCUGCUAUUGCAGUCAAGAUUGAGCUCGAUGCAAAAGAGUACGUGACUCUGCUAGAAACAGCUGUAAAGGUAAACAACGAAAAGGCGGUAGAAUAUUUGCUUCACGACAAGUUGAAGCGUACCGAGAAAGCUCUUAAAGUGUGUAUCGUUACUGCUGCACUUCAUGGCAGAGACAAAUUGUUAAAGCAAUUGCUAGAAGAUUUUCCCAUCAAAGAUUGUACGGUUCUUUCCACUGCCCUUCAUCGAGCUGCUUUACAUUGCCGGUGGCGUUGCGUAAGAACUCUGUUAGAGACAAAAGCAGCGGCUGAUGUGUUUAUGUCUGACUUUAAAAGUGUGGACGCAAACGCUCUACUCUUGCUUGUCACUUGUGAUCAAGUUCAGCUCAUUGGAAAAAUUGAAUCCGUAAACCCUGCGGUCUACUGCACACGGAUGCAGCAUCCUUUUGCUGUGGCUAUACGCUAUAGUACAGAUACUCCUAGAAUGAUUGCUUCGUUACGCCUGCUAGGUUUCGGGUGGCUAGAUUGCACCUCGAUUCUACACGAAAUAAUACUUCAAGGAAGCGACGAACCCUCUUGGAAUGCAAUAUGGAGUGACAUCGAUGAUCAGCUGUCUAAGACAUUUACUCUCAAUUCUGAUCACUGCACUUUAGCUAUCAAUGUGCUGCAACGCUGGAAAACGAUCGCGUUCGUCGAGCAAAUCAAAUCGAGCAAUACUUCCUUAUGCUGUGCCAUACAAUCAAACGACAUAUCAAUCCUUCGGACACUACUCAGCCGCUCCCGUGAUAUGAAGAACCUCAACAAUAAUAGCAUUCUUCAAGAGAUUGUGUUCCAUAUCGGUUCUUCGAUUGUUCGACUCGAUACCGAGCAUGAUCAAUGGGAUGUGCGGACAUGCUGCGACAAGAUGAUCAACAGAAUGACCCACCUGUUUGCGAGUUCGAAUGAAACGUGUUGGCAGGAGUUUACAAUCGUUUGCGGCGAAGUGGUGGUUCACUUUUCUGUGUUUGCUUCUGAAGAAAUAUCUCAACCCAUAGAGGUAGAGUUCAAUAUCAGGAAUAACACCAGGCUCAUUGAUAACCUGCAGGAUGUACAAAUCAUUGCAAAUGAAGUUUUCAACAAACACACAGCAGUACAUGCAACGUUUACUAAAGGCAAUCGAACCGUGCAUUUCUGGCGUUUGGAAGACUGGACUUGUGCGUACGAUAUCUACCCACCCAAUAGUGCCAUCGAUCUGUCUCCCAUCUUAAAUGUUCAAGUAUUAGCUGGGCAAACAGUGAUGCAUGAAGCAAUGAUGUGGGAAGUGGAUCAAGAAAUGAUACAACUACUCGUAAAGAAUGGCGCAAGCCCUCUCGUAGUAGACGCAUGCGGGGACACACCAAUCAACGGAGCUCUACGAAACUUUCCCAUGCCGGAAAUGGCAAUUUACUUAAUCGAUGAAUGUCUGCGACAUCAUUUACGAGAUGCCGAGGGAUCUACGUUAAAGGAUGCAGUAUAUAAGCAUCAGCUGCUGGUCGAUGCCGCUGUUAAUGGACAAACGAUUGCUGUAAAACGCUUCUUACAGCUCGAUAUAGACCUAACUACCGCAUACAGCGACGGUAAAACUGUGGCGCACAUGGUAGCGUGCACACAGUUGGCCAAUUCGGUACAUAUGAUGGAAAUGCUUCUAGACUACGAUAGCCGCCUGAUAGAUAUGGUAGAUGUGAACGGUUGCACACCGUUGGCAUACGCAGCUGAAGUCGGUUCCGUUGCGAUGCUUAAUUUGAUAUUGGAAUACAAUCCUAAACUCGAAAUGAUGCCGAACAGUAGAAUUGCACUUCGCACUGCCAUUUGCGAACACCAGGUGGGGUGGGCCAAACGUUUUCUGGGCGUACUGCACGAAAAACAAGUUCGUGGGAUAACUUCCAUCGAUGGAGAUGACGAGGAUGAUGAUCUGGUUGUUCUAUCACUAAAAUGCAAUGACUUGCAAUUAUCGAAGGCAUUAAUUGAAUACGAAUUGGGCCAUCCCCUAGAAGAAACGACUAAAGACAAUAUUCCUCGAAUCCAAAAAAUUCUUCAAUCUACUACUUUAGACGAGCCACGGGUGCCUAUGCAGAUAUUGAUAGAGAUAAUCAAUUUGGCUGGUGCUAAAGAGUUCUUCGCCAUUCUAAGAAACAUAAGUGCAAAAAUUACACAAACUGCAGAUAAUAAAUAAGGCAACUUAAGCCCAGUAACACAGUGGAGAUUAUGAAAAUGGAAUAAUAUAUGGAUUUACUGCAACAGUGCCAAGAAUUGAAUUAGUAAAAGAAGCAUUUGUGUCAAAAAUGUAUUUACUUAAAAAAUAAUGUUGUAUAGAAAAUAAAUCCACAAUGAAAAAUGAA